GACAAAGUUACCAUUACCAAACAAACAAUAAUUCAACAACUAUGUAAGCACACGCUAACUACUUUUCUGCUAAAUCCAAAUGACACAUAAAUUUAUCCACCAAUUUAUGUUUCUGUAUUAUCACUUCCACCACUCAUCUAAGCAUCCACAUAUUGACAAAACAAAGUGUGCUCUGUGUCUGAGGAAGGAUAGGAAUUCAGGAAAUGGAGGUUGUGUCUAAAAUGAGGGCAGAGCAAUACAAUGGGAGAGUCACAGUUCAUGUCAUCAUCGCUUGCAUUGUUGCUGCCACUGGCGGGUCUCUCUUCGGCUAUGAUGUUGGAAUUUCAGGAGGAGUUACUUCUAUGGAUGAGUUUCUUAUUAAAUUUUUCCCGUCGGUGUACAAACAAAAAAUGCACGCACAUGAAAACAGCUACUGCAAGUAUAACAAUCAAGUCCUUGCAGCAUUUACCUCUGUUUUAUACAUUGCUGGUUUAGUUGCAUCCUUGAUUGCAUCUCCAGUUACAAGGAAGUAUGGACGGAAGACAAGUAUCAUAGCUGGUGGAAUCAGCUUUCUCAUUGGAUCAAUUCUAAAUGCCGCAGCUGCUAAUCUUGCAAUGCUUAUCAUCGGUCGAAUUAUGCUUGGUGUUGGCAUUGGUUUUGGAGAUCAGGCGAUUCCUCUUUACUUGUCAGAAAUGGCGCCAACGCACCUACGAGGAGGCCUGAACAUGAUGUUUCAAGUUGCCACAACUUUUGGCAUUUUUAUAGCAAAUAUGAUAAAUUUUGGAACACAAAAGAUUAAACCAUGGGGGUGGAGGUUGUCCCUUGGUGUUGCUGCAAUACCAGCUCUAAUGAUGACUAUAGGAGGAAUAUUGAUACCAGAGACUCCAAAUAGUUUAGUAGAAAGAGGAUAUAAGGAAAAAGGAAGAAUAGUACUUGAAAAAAUCAGAGGAACAAAUCAUGUCGAUGCAGAGUUUCAAGAUAUUGUUGAUGCAAGUGAGAUAGCAAAUUCCAUAAAACACCCUUUUAGAAACAUACUUGAAAAAAGAUACAGACCAGAGUUGAUCAUGGCUAUUUUUAUGCCUGCAUUUCAGAUUCUGACUGGCAUAAAUUCAAUUCUGUUUUAUGCUCCAGUACUAUUUCAAAGCAUGGGAUUUGGUAGAGACGCUUCUCUCUACUCAUCAGCUUUGACCGGAGGAGUUCUUGCUUUCUCAACAUUCAUUUCUAUUGCAACUGUAGAUAGAUUAGGGAGAAGACCCUUACUCAUCAGUGGUGGAAUACAGAUGAUUAUUUGUCAGGUUAUAGUUGCUAUAAUUUUGGGAAUGAAAUUUGGAGAGAACCAAGAAAUAUCGAAAAGCUAUUCGAUAUUUGUUGUAGUUGCAGUUUGUGUAUUUGUUGUAGCAUUUGGAUGGUCAUGGGGCCCACUGGGGUGGACAGUACCGAGCGAGAUAUUUCCAUUAGAAAUUCGAUCAGCAGGACAGAGUAUCACAGUCGCUGUGAAUCUUUUGUUCACAUUCAUAAUAGCACAAUCUUUUCUUUCCCUUCUCUGUUCAUUCAGGUUUGGGAUCUUCCUGUUUUUUGCUGGCUGGAUAAUCAUCAUGACCAUAUUUGUUUAUUUGUUCCUACCUGAAACUAAGGGAAUUCCCAUUGAAGAAAUGACAUUUAUGUGGAGGAAACACUGGUUCUGGAAAAGGAUCCUGUAAAAAGUUUCAAGGAGUCUGAUUAAGCAGUUUCACUAUAAUUACUUAGAUGUGUUAUCAACUGCUUAUCAUCAACAUGUAACUGAAAAUUUUAAUUUCAUCUAUUAAAAAUAGUCAUAUGCUCUAAUUAAGUACACUGUAUAAUACAUAUCAAUAUCUAUAACAGCAAGUCUGUCGAAAAGAACAAAAGGAAUAUAAAAAUAGUUAUCUAUAUCUAUACUAAUAAUAAAGACAAUACAUUAUUUUCA